AUGGAAAUUGAAGAAGGUGAAGAUACAAGCUUCGCGAAAAUUGAAGACCAUGCUCUCAUGAUCAAAAUGGGUUGUGAUUGUGGAACUGUGGUCGAAACUGCUCUUAUGGACAUGUGCUCCAAAUAUGGCCUUAUAAGUGAAUGCGUCGUGUUGGUUGACCUUCCACAUAUAUCCGGUAAUCUCACAGAGAUUAAGGGUGCUUAUCUUUUUGCUGUGACCAUGAGAGCUGACAAGAAGGUUCUUGAGCUAUACGAUUCUCUCUGGUUCCAGCAUUUAGUUAUCACAGGAAUAAAAUAUCCUGAAGGAACAAACAAAGAUCAAGAACAAACUGAAGAUGAAUCUUCUGAUUUCAAGGUUUUGACCAUUCCAGCCAUGGAUUCUAGGUCAAUGAGCGAGAAUAGCUUCAAGAUGCUUGACUCUUUCUCUCCAACUUCUGUUCUUCCAGUUCAUUUGCCAGACCCUUUUCCAACGAAGAAGGAUAUAACCGAAGAUUCAAACUCCAUGAUCUUACCAAAGAAGAAGAGGUCAAGAAAGAUAAGAAAGCACAUGAGCAUAAGAGAGCUUGAAUUAGAAGAAGUGGAAGGGUUCAAGGAUCUGGGUUUUAUCUUCAAACAAGAAGAUAGGCAUUCGAGAUUGGCUUUGAUCAUUCCUGGGUUGAAGAGGUUGGGGAAGAAAGAGGAAGAAGAAGAAGAGAUUGAUGAGAGAUAUAUUCAGAGACCUUACCUUUCUGAAACAUGGGACUUUCUGGACCGGAAGAAGAAAGUAGAGAAGCCAUUGAAAAUGAAAAUUCCUGAGGAUAUGAGCAAUGAAGCAAAGAUGAAAGAUGAUCUGAAAUUAUGGGCUUAUGCCGUUGCUUCGCUCGUAAGAUCAUACCAUGAAUGA